AUGAAUUACAAAAUCACGAAGAAAGGAAUUUCGAUUACUAUCGGAGAUGAAAUUUCUACAUUUCCAGACGGGGAUUUACCCGACCCCGACCCCAGGUAUUAUGAGUUACUAUCAGUUAACGAUUCAAAGACUCUGUCGUGGCGUAAGAAACUUGGAGAAGGUUUAAUAGAGUUAUUAGAGAAAGAUAAUCCAACGAUUAUAUCGGAUUCACAAAACGCCAUUUUAAAAGAUUUUCCCCCUGGAUAUCGCCUUUACAAGCACCGAAAAAGAACUGUAAAAGGAACUGGCAGAUCGGAUUUAUAUCUCAUUGGUAAUCAUAAAUUCCGAUCUCCAAACGAGUUUUUACCACACCUAUAUUGGCUUGCAUCGGAUAGGUCUACGCCAUGUGAAUGUAAAUAUUGUAAUGAAGCAAAAACUCCAAAAGUUAUGAGAUCUGUAAAAAAAAAUGAUCAAAAAAUCGCAACACCAGUGGAAGAUACUGAUGAUUCAGAUUAUGUAGAUAAAGAAAUGUAUGAAAAAAAGAAGUGUCCUAUAUCUAGUACUCCGAUAUUUAGAGAAGGUGAAAUAGUGUGGUUAGAUGCAAAAAAGAUAUUAGAUGAGAAUAUGCUCGCAAAAUGUAACGAGAUUAAUGAAACUCCAAUCAGAUAUUGGCCAUCAAUUAUUACUAAGAUAAUAUCACCCUUAGGAAGUAAAAAUUCAGAAAAUGAUUUUUACACAAUAAAUUUAAUGAUAUUACGUGGCCAAAAGGAAGUUGAUAUAAAUUCGAUUCAACCUUGGCUUCUUUAUAGACCUGAAAUUGUGGGUACACGAAAAGCCUCCAGAAUAUCCUCAGACAUAGAUGUAGACAAUCCGGAGCCAGAACAAAUUGCUGCCGCUUAUAUUAAAGCUGUGCGUAAAGCACGUGAUAUAGAAACCACAUAUACACCGGUGCUUCAAUAUGAUUAUCAUCGUCCUGUAAAUGUUCAAGGUCCAAAUGAGGCAAAAUCGAAACGUUUCGCUGAAAUGGAGAAGUAUACUCAUUUUAGAGCAAUCUAUUUUGGUGCUGAAAUUUUAUGUGAAGAUGAUAUAGUACGAUUGAUCCCCGACAAGAAUGCUCGAAGAGGAAAAGGCUCAUCAUCAAAUGGUAAAAAGACCAACCAGAGAUCAUAUUUACAAAUUACUGGUAUCUAUAAACAUCCAAAAAAAGGAAUCUAUUUAACAGGUGAUAUGUAUAAUCGAGGAAAUUUAUUAGAAAAUAAUAAAUAUCAGUGGUUUCCGGUAAAUGAGGAUGAUGAAGAGUAUAACAUAGACUUGUCCGAAGUUGCUGGUCGAUUUUAUCCAAUGUGGCCAGAUCACACAGAAAUCAUGCCUUGUAAAACUGCCAAUGUGUUACAAAAAAGACGAACAAUGACUGGCGAAGAUGAAUCGACCCUGACUACUGACUUUUGGCUGUCUCUUAAACCCGAAGAAACUAAUUCUGAUGAGUCGAUGAGUCAAUCUGAGCUAUCCGACUUUUCACAUUCGACGCGACAAACCAGAAAACGAUCAAUACCUUUUGAUCAUCCAUUAGAUGAAUUACCUAAAAAACGCAAGACCGAAAUUUCAAACCCUGAAAUCAAAAUUGACACUUCAUUACCAACAACAUCAAAUAUACCUGAGAUUGAAAUUAAUGAUUAUACUUUAACCAAUAACGUUACUUCCGAAACAUCUGAUUGUCAUCACAAUCGAACGAUGAACAUAGCUCAUACAUACCGAAUAGAACGAUACAGUAUAGUGCGCCUACCGGAACGCGCUUCAGUUAUUCUAAAGCCAGAUGCAGCCUUUGCUGACAAGAAGAGUAUUAGUGUUUCAUUUUUUGCAAAUUAUGGAUUUGGAGGAAUGGAUACAUAUCUUCAUAAAUUGGCAUUGAAACAUUUCAUUGAU